CUGGUAUCGCUGACAUCGAAUGUAUUUUUCCUAUUACUUAAUUUUAUAUUUACUUAAUAACAAAGCAAAUUAUUUCAAAGUGGUGAUGGCUAAUCAUUACGAAGUACCCAAUUGGGCUGGGAAACCACCAGUUGGAUUACAUUUAGAUGUAUUAAAAAAUGACAAGUUAAUUCAAAAAUUAAUGGUUGAUGAAAAAAAAUGUUACUUAUUUGGCCGUAAUCAACAAUUAAAUGACUUUUGUAUAGAUCAUGCUUCUUGUUCUCGUGUUCAUGCUGCUCUUGUUUAUCAUAAACAUUUAAAUCGUGCAUUUCUUGUUGAUUUGGGGAGCACACAUGGAACAUUUAUUGGUAAUCUUCGUUUGGAACCACAUAAACCUACACAGUUACCAAUUGAUAGUACAUUUCAUUUUGGAGCAUCUACUCGGUAUUAUAUCAUUAGAGAAAGACCACAAACGGGUACAAGGCCUAUUAUUGAAGAAUUAGAAAAACUAUCAGAAGACACUGAUGCUGGUGGUUUAUUAGGUUUACCUGAAACAGAGACAGAACUCGAUAAUUUAACGGAAUUUAACACUGCACAUAAUAGACGUAUAUCUAUGCUAGGUAUAACAGAUGAUGAAAUUCAUAAACCAACUAGGAAACGGAAGAAGAAAGGAAUUACUUUCAAUGAUGAUGAAGAAGUAAUAAAUCCGGAAGACGUAGAUCCAUCGGUCGGAAGAUUUCGAAAUCUUGUACAAACAACAGUAGUUCCCAGUAAAAGAAUGCGUAUGGAAGGAGGUUUAAUAUCCUUAUCAGAGGAUCAUAACCCUUUAAAACACCUUCAACCUACAACAACUACACCCCAACUUUACCAAGAUUUACCACCGGAACAGUUUACUCCAUCUUCAUUGUCUCUUAAUCCAUUUUCUAGUGCAUUAUCUUCGUUAUCAUCUCGACUCGGUAUUGCGUUACCGAAUCCAGCACCUGAAGUAGAAAUGGCACCCAAUCAAAUACAGACAGAAACACCACACAUACCAGAAAUACCAGGAUCUACCGAUACACGAACAAUGGAACCAAAAAAGAAAAAAUACGCCAAAGAAGCUUGGCCUGGGAAAAAACCUAUUCCAACACUUUUGGUGUAA